AUGAUAUCUGCUUUUGCUGAGAGAUGGCACGCAGAGACUAGUUCAUUUCAUCUGCCAUUCGGUGAAAUGACUAUUACUCUUGACGACGUCAGGGGUCUUUUGAGCAUCCCGUGUACUGGAGAGUUUUUCACACCUCCCGCAAAUGUCAAUGAAGAUUUGGCAAUUGCUGCUGCUGUUGAGUUGUUGGGGACACUUCAUGAAGGAAGAUAUGACUGUGCAGCUAGGGCAUAUCUACUUCAUUUGGUAGGAUGUACCAUUCUUGCGGAUAAAAGUUUUACACUUGUAUCUGCAAAAUAUCUCUUUCUGUUUCAAGAUCUGGAUAGUUGUGGUAAAUGGGCAUGGGGACCGGCUGCACUUGUUGUGCUAUAUGACUAUCUUAGAGACAGUACAUUGCCUGCAACCAAACAGAUUGGAGGAUAUUUGUCUUUAUUUCAAACUUGGAUUUAUGAACAUUUCCCGGAUAUUUGUAAACGGGAUAUGGAUGAGCAUAUUUCCUCGAUGCCACGGAUGUUUCGUUGGACGGCAAAACAAACAUCUGAGAAUGUGGCAUAUUACAGGGCAAAGUUGGAUGCUUUGAGGGAUACGGAUAUUAUCUGGGCACCAGAUUACGAUCAGAACGCUGUGACACGAUUUCAGUCUGUGUCAUUAUUUACAGGAUACAUUCGUUGGUGUUUCACGAUGGUUCCGUAUUUACCUGAGAGGUGCAUACGGCAGUUUGGGUAUACUCAACACAAUUUGGGGGGUAUAGGUUUAAAUGGGGGGUACAAUAGCCAAUUUUCAAACAAAUAUCCAACAAAAGCCCAAAAGUAA